GUAUGAGAACUACUCCGACUGUGGCCCUAGAAACAAUGCUAGGACUCCUGCCAUUACACAUAUACAUACAAAAAGAAGCGGCUGCCACAGCUCUUCGGUUGAAAAAUCUAAACCUAUGGACAUCUUUCAGCUCACCGCACAAGAGGAUCUAUGACAAUAUGAUCUCAAAACUCCCCAUGCUGGAAGCGCCAAUUGACCAAAUACCAAAAACUAUGAUCUUCUGGAAAGACUACGCCAUAUCGUUAACAGAAGAUCCUAAAGAAGGACUAGACCAAACAAAACUAAGAAUAUUCACAGAUGGCUCAAAAACAAACACAGGAACAGGAUGUGGUGUCUUCUCAGAGGACCUGAACAUACACAUCUCAAAACCCCUGGGCGAAUACAACACAGUAUUCCAAGCUGAAUGCGUAGGUAUAAUAGAAGCUUGCAAUGCCAUAACAAGACGAAAAGUGAAACACGAGAAUAUACUAAUACUGUCAGACAGUAAAUCAGUACUACAAGCGCUAGGCAGUGACAAACUAACUUCAGAACUUAUACUGGAAUGUCAUCGAAGACUUACUGAGGUGAGCAAGGAAGGCAACAAAGUAACAAUCCAAUGGAUAAAGGGGCAUAGUGGAUCAAGAGGAAACGAUGCAGCGGAUGAACUAGCCAGGAAAGGCUCAGAGACACCGGCAUACGGACCCGAGCCCAUUAUACCCCUUCCAAUAUCCUACAUACACAACCAACUAGACCUACAUCACAGACAACUGCACAAUAAGUACUGGAAUGAAAUGGACACAUGCAGGCAGACUAUAGAUAUUUUACCGGAACUGAACUACAAGCUCACCAAAAUACUACUGAAAACACCUAGGCAACAACUACGUAAAAUAAUAGGACUUAUCACAGGACAUAACACACUAAACAAACACCUACACAAUAUGGGUAAAACGGACAGCCCCUUGUGCAGAGCAUGCAUGGAAGAAGAGGAAACAACAAAACACAUACUCCUAGAAUGCAAACAGGUAGAAACAUACAGGAACAAAUACCUAGGAACUCCGAGCACACUAAAAGAGGCAGUCAGCAACCUGAAAACACUGCUAGGUUUCAUGGAGGAGCUGGGGUGGUUAGAGUAG